UAGCGCCAGAUUGGAUUUCUCCAUUUCCCUCUUUCUCUCUGUGGAAGCAGUUCAGUGGAUUCUCUAAAUAAAAUAAAUGAUUUCCUGGCUAUGAUAGGAAUUUUAGGACUUUAAUCACAUAAAACAAAGCGAUCUAUUUAUUUAGUUUAGUGUUGGCAGAAGAAGGACGAAUCAGGAAGUCGAACAGCUACGAAAGGAGUUUCUUUUAUCAGAAUUGGCAUCUGAAAUCCGCACCUCUAAAAUGGACAGUGAGGAUGACUUGGACAUUCUGACGGCGCUCCUGGAGGAGAAUGAAAACGCGGGCGAAGUACGAGGCAACGGAGAACCGGCGGACGAUUUGGACGGUCUGUUCGAUGAGGAUGAGGAAGAGUAUAACGAGGGCAGCGAAGAGGAGGCGGCGGCCAAAGAGAAGGAAGUGUCUGAGCUCUUUGGGGAUGUCGACGACAUUGAACAGGAGGAUGAAAAAGGGAAAGGAGGCGAGAGAGAUGCUGGCGAGGACUUGAACGGGUCCAAAGAGGAUUUACGAGAGGAGCUGAGGCGGAUGCAGGAGCAGAUGCAGAAGCUGCAGCAGCAGCUGGAGGCCAGCCAGCAGAGCGCCGCUUCACCCAAAGCAGGGAGGUCAGAACCAACACCGAGCCGGCGGCCGGGGUCCAAACCCAGCCAGGGGAAACCUAAACUACAAGCAGCGGCGGCGUCUUCAUCGGCUCCGCUCAGUGGAACCGGCGUCAAGCUGCAGGAAUCCUCGGACUUCUUCUCUCAGCUCAGCAAUGCGGAUUCAUUCCAACGUAAACCCAGAACGGCUCACCAGCCCAAACCUCCAGAGGAUAGGAGGCCGCUGAUGGAGGUAAAGAUCGGCAGCUCUUUUCGACCACCGGAGGGCAGCGGCGAGCCCUCGAAGAGCAAGCCUGUAGCAGCCGCACCGCCUAGACCGGCCCAGCCUCCGGUUCCUAAAGAUGUGGGAGUGGAGAAGUUCUCCGGGCUUCGCCUCAGGAAUCCGCGGGUCUCCUCCAGUGAGAUGGAGCGAAAGAUGGCCGACCGGCGGCUGAUCCGGCUGUCCCAGGUUCCGGAGCGGUUGAAGCGGGAGAAGCUGGAGGACAGCGACUGGGUGACGUUUGCCGUGCUGGUCCACAAAGCCACGCCGCAGAGUAGCAGUAGUGGCAAAACCUUCAGCAUCUGGAAGCUGAACGACCUCCAUGACCUGGACGUGUUUGUGUCUCUGCUGCUGUUUGGCGACGUCCACAAGGAGCUGUGGAAGACGGAGCCCGGCGUCGUGGUGGGACUCCUGAACCCCAACCCCAUGAAGCAGAAGGACGGCUACGACGGGGUCAGUCUGACGGUGGACCAUCCUCAGAAGGUUCUGCUGAUGGGCGAAGCUCUGGACUACGGCACCUGCAAGGCUGUGAAGAAGAGCGGCGAGCCGUGCUCUCAGAUCGUCAACAUGUACGAGUGCCAGUACUGCCAGUACCACGUCAAAGCCCAGUACAAGAAGAUGAGCUCCAAGAGGGCCGAGCUGCAGUCGUCCUUCUCUGGAAAAGCCCCCAACAGGGUGAAGGGUGGCAGCCUGAGAGAGCGGCUGUGUCAGGAUGGCUUUUACUACGGUGGCGUCUCCUCCGCCGCCUGCGCCGCCUCCCUGACAGCGUCCAAACCCAACAAACCGACCCAGAGAACUCUGGACAAGAUGUUAGUGAGAGGAUCUGCUCAGCCGGGUCCGGCCAGGAGGCUGGCUCUGCAGUCCGGGGAAGUUUCCGGAUGUUCUGAUGAAUUUAAGAGCCUGAUGUCGGUGCCGACGCCAGGAGCUCUGCAACUGAAGAAACGCCUGGAACAGGACAGCCACCUAGGCACCAAGGAUGCAUCUAAAGCGCCGCUUCAGUCCAUCACCGCGUCCGACCUGCUCAAGCAGCAGAAACAGAAGCAGCGGGAGCUCCUCCAGAGUCGCCGACUGCGAGCCGAGCAGAGGGAGCUGCAGAAGCCGAGUGGCGCCGCCCUGACGUCCCCGAAGGCCGCCUCCGAGGUCCCCAAGGUGACGGGGAGCCCGGCGACGCCUCACGCCCCGACCCUGGGCCGCGGCUUCUCCGAGGGCGACGACAUCCUGUUCUUCGACCACAGCCCGCCUCAGGCUCCGCCCCCCAGUCUGUCGGCCACUAAGCUGGCCGCUCUGAGGAAGCUGAGGGCCAAAGGAGCGGCGCUGGAGAGGGAAGACCCCAACGCUAUGAAGAGGAAGAGGAGUGACAGCAGUGAGAUCAGCGCCCGGGUGGAGAAGAACCGGACCUCGCCCAGCGGCGAGUCCGGUAAGGAGGAAGAGGAGGAGCCGGCCCUGAAGAAGAAACGCGAACAGCUUCGCUUCAUUGAGUCCGAGGAGUUCCAGAAGAUCCUCAACGCCAAAUCUCGUCACGGGACGGUGCUGCAAGCGGCCGAGUACCAGCUGCAGGAGCGCUACUUCAACGCCUUGGUGAAGAAGGAGCAGAUGGAGGAGAAGAUGAAGGGAAUCAGGGAGAUGAAGUGUCGGGCCGUCACCUGUAAGAAGUGCAGCUACACCUACUUUAAACCGGCAGAUCGCUGCGUGAACGAGAACCACGAGCUGCGGUGGCACGACGCCAUGAAGCGCUUCUUCAAGUGUCCCUGUGGACAGAGGGCCAUUGCUCUGGACAGGCUGCCGCACAAACACUGCAGCAACUGCGGCCUGUUUAAAUGGGAGCGUGACGGAAUGCUGAAGGAGAAAACGGGACCAAAGAUCGGCGGAGAACUUCUUCAACCUCGAGGGGAAGAGCACGCAAAGUUCCUCAACAGCUUGAAAUGAACAUGUGCUUUUUUUAUUGUGGUAUCGAACCAUUUUUAGUUAGUUUUUAAUAUUGGACUUUUUUCAGUGUAUGUUUAAUGUAUUAAAUUUGCUGUAAACAGGCUGAUUAAAGCAAUAACAAGGUCA